GAGGCAUCACGGAAGCGGCACAAGUUGGGUCGCGUGUGGAGGAAAGGGGCUGAAAAGAGAGAGAACGGGCCAAAACACAGCAGCACUGAGGGAAACGCAGAAGCCAGAGAACCAGGGAAGCCUUCCUCACACACAUGCACACACUCCAGAGAGCAGUGGUAGAAACAUAGUGCUUUUCUGUGUGUGUGUGUGUGUGUGUUUGUGCAUGGGUAGCAGGUAGUUUUAUGUUACUUAAGUAUGGCUUCACUUGACCACAGUCUGUCUCUCACAGUCUGUGAGAAGUAACAGCUACGGUUAUUUGUGUGAGUCUGUGAUCGUACAUGAGUGCUCAUGCAAGCUACAUGCUAGUAUGUUUCAGGGGGCAUGCGGCAGUGAAUCGAAACCAGCUUGUUUGUGUCUUUAAUUGACUGUUAUGUCACUAUGUGGAGAUAGUCCUUUGUCUGUUGGGAGGAUGAGGUUACACCAGCUCACAGAUAAAGAACUCUCCUGAUAUUACUCUGCACAUACUAUCACAUGACACUGCACAUUGUCGCACAGACACAGACACAGACACGCAAUACCACUUGCUGUUACACGCACACACACACACUGUCACACAAUGCCUCACUGUAACUUUGAGACACAUGCUAUCACACCUGACGAUAUACAUUGAAAUUUAAGCUCACAGGGAUGGGUACAAAGACACUUGCAAUGACUAACACAAACAUACAUGCUAUGCAGGCAUGUAGACAUGUGUAGUACCGACUUUUAUUCAAAAACAGGAAUGAACAUUAUUGCUUUUGCUUAUGCAAUACAUUGGAAAACAUUGCCCCGAAGGCCAUAACAUGUCAAGUGCAAAGCUCCAUUUAAAGGCCUCAACUAGGCAUAUGAGAUGAAUGAAUGGCCUUGAUCAAGGACGCGGAGGAGACUGUUUUAAUGACCUGGAGGAACCUUGCUGUGAAUUCAUCUGAGUUCCUGGAAUUCUCUGCCACAUAGAGCAAGGCUGUCUCACAAGUUGUCACAAAGAGAAUGCCGGAGCGAGUCUGUCUGUUCCAGGGACAGCGUUACUACCAGCUGAAGCGUGCCUGCCUACGUCGGGGUGUUCUCUUUCAGGAUCCCCACUUCCCCGCCUCUUCCCAGUCCCUCUUCUACCGUCGCUGUCCCCCACCUGGCCUCACCUGGAAGAGACCUAGGGAAUUCUGUAAAGACCCUAGGCUCUUUGUUGAUGGCAUCAGCUCUAGAGACCUACACCAGGGCAGUCUAGGCAAUUGCUGGAUGGUGGCUGCUACAUCAUGCCUAGCUACUGAACCCUCGCUCUGGAAGAAGGUGAUUCCGGAUCACACGGAGCAGGAGUGGAACCCCAAACGUUUAGACCUGUAUGCCGGCAUAUUCCACUUCCGCUUCUGGCGCUUGGGCUGCUGGACAGAUGUGGUCAUCGACGACCGCCUUCCAGUAGGCCAGGACGGAGCGCUGCUCUUCUGCCGUUCUGGCUCCCCUCGCGAGUUCUGGAGUGCCCUGCUGGAGAAGGCGUAUGCAAAACUCAAUGGCUGUUAUGAGGCCCUGGAGGGGGGCAAUACUGCUGAGGCAUUGGUGGAUUUCACUGGGGGUGUGUCCGAGCCCAUCAGCCUGGACAGGGAGGUUCUGACCCACCAUUCUGACCGGAGGAGAGCACUGUUCCAGACUCUGGCCCGUGCACACACCCGCCAAGCUCUCAUCACCUGCUACAUUCGGCCCGCAGAGGGGGAAAUGGUGGAGUCUGUGCUGGACUGCGGUCUUGUACGGGGUCACGCGUACGGCAUCACGGCGGUGCGGAAGAUGCGUCUCGGGGAGCAGUUCCUUGGUGUGUGUGGGACGUCACGAGUCCACAUGGUGCGUAUGCGGAAUCCCUGGGGUACGGCCGACUGGACAGGAGCAUGGAGCCAGGGGUCACAUCAAUGGCAGCAGGUGGGUCGCAGUGAGAGGGAGAAGAUGGGCCUCACAGUAAGAGAUGUAGGAGAGUUCUGGAUGGAGUUUGAGGACUUCUGCUGUUACUUCACGGACGUGAUGGUGUGCCGGUUGGCAGAGAAGGCUCUGCUGUGGCCCACCUCCCACUGGAAAGAGGUGCGCUGUCCUGGGGAGUGGGCACCGGGACCUGGGAGACCUCCAGGGAGCAUCCCCCUACUCAAGGGGCCAAGCAAACAUGAGGACCAGAGGGGUUUGUCCAGAGAAGGAGAGAGGGGCCCAAAGGGUGACAGAAAAGAAGAUCAACUGGGGAAGCGACAGAGGGAUGGGACAACAUGGGGACAGAGAAACAAGGCUGGAGGAGGGAAAGGAGGAGAGAAGAUCACUAGGAAGGAAAGGCAAGAGAGCAACUUCAGAGAUGGAUUAAGGGGCAUAAUGUGGGACGGACAAGUGGACAAGAAUAGCAGGUGUGGGGGCUGCAUCAACCACCGAGACACCUUCCUGUACAACCCCCAGUUUAUGUUUGAGGUGCAGGGACAGGGGGAUGAGGUGCUGAUCUGCCUGCAGCAGGAGGACCGGAGAAUACGAAGGAGAGAAGGAGGAGGGGAUAAUCUGCCUAUCGGUUUCGAAGUGCUGAGGGUGGAGGUGAACCGGAUGACCCGAGUGCAUUGUGUGGGGGAACAGGCUGCCAGCUCUGUGUACAUGGACUCCCGCAGUGUGGCUCUGAGGGUGACCCUGGGCCCUGGCCGCUACACCCUGUUACCUACCACCUUCCAGCCAGGAUCCACUGGGAGGUUCCUGCUGAGGCUCUUCUCCCACUCCCAUGUCCACUUGAGGGAGCUAAAGGAGGACUUACCCUCUCCCUCAAUCUGGCAGUGCUGUGUACCCCAGCCAUGUAUGGUUACCACAGUGCACCUGCGCCGAGCUUCUGGCCUGGGUCAGCCCAAACAGACAGCCCCAGAUGUGUAUGCUGUCAUACGAUGUGAGAAUGACACUAUAAGGACACAUGUAUUCAAGCAGGACAGUAAUCCUGAGUUCAACACUAAAGCCAUAUUCUACAGGCGGCAACCAGACACUCACAUUUCCAUUGAGCUGUGGUGCCAUGGCUGGCUAUGGGACACUAUGCUGGGCGGAGCACGACUACAGACAGGGGAUGUUGAGAGGGGACGUACGCGGGUGAUUGAUCUGCAAGGUGGCCAAUCUCGCUCAGCAUCUCGGGGAUGCAUCUAUGUGGAGACCUCUUCUAGUCAGUGUCUAACUGAUCUGUAACUGGCGGCUGUGGGCUGUUACAGCUGCCACGUCCUGGACAUCUUUUCUCAGUGAAGCCUUAUUUGCUGAUGUGACAAUGCAGGGACAAUGCACUGUUGGACAUUCCUGGCAGGACAAUGCAGCCCUGUGGAUAUGGGUAAUGCAGCUAGCAUAUUUUUUUAGCCUGGGACAAAAUGGCAGAUAUCAGACAGUAAGUAUAACAGAUGAAAAACAUGGUUUUCAAUAGAUAAAACUUAAUUUCAGCUGAGUGGCACCUACGUCAUACAGGGAUGUUCAAUAUUAUCGCCUGUUGACGUAGACCUACCUAUUGAACACUGCUCUUAGACAGUAGGCCUGCCUAUCCCAUACACACUGCCUCAUCAAUAAAACACCUGCCUGGUUCAGCAAGGUGAAGCCAAGUCCGAAAUGCUGUUCUUUAUUUACAUCUCCCUCUGCUGGUCAGACAUUGAGAAACAGCACAUUAUCACAGAUUGUUGCCUUAUUUACUUUCGCAUUCUGCCUGGGUUAAACGGAUCAUUUACUCUCUGGCUUAUUGUUUCAAUGUUUACAAUUGGCUCGGGCUUUGUAUGUGAAUAAGCAUAUUUUAGAGGUUUUUUGACGACCUACCGACUUUACAGUGGCAACAUAUGGCAUUCGCGCCUUCGUGGUCUAAAACAUCAAACUGGAAAGCAACUUGCAUGCUACAGCAGGUGUUAUCCGUACUUUUUUGUUGUAUGUUUUCUGUUUUCAAAUUUAUUUCCAUAAUCUUUGCCAUACAACAAUAAUAUCAGUCGUAUGGCCGAUAGAUUGGCGUUGCGAGUUGCGUGCAUAAUGCCAUGGAAUAUCCUGGUGUCUAAGAACACCAAAAACAAGUCGCGCCAAGGUUAUCUCCAUCAGUAGCCUAGGCUAAGCGCUCGGAGAAAGUUUAGAAUAUGCUCGUGUCUCCGCCUGCACCUUUAGCUAUAGCAUAUGCAGCUGCUCCUGGAUUUACUUAAAGUAAAUUACUUUGGGUUUAUUGUACAUCCAUUUUUCCGAGCAAGUGCUUCCACAACCGGUAAGAUUCGUUAUUCGUUAUUCGUAUAUUGACAUUCCUCUGGGAUAUUCAAAUAUUUAAAUUCUUCCGUUUAACAGUUUUCUUUGGGUCAGUUAGUUAUUAUUGUAACUUGUAGACAGACGUUAUAGUACUACCCACAAAGCGAACAUCCAAAUCAAUUACGCUACACAGACCAUUAUGGUUUAAACAUUAUUUCCUAACAAAUAAAUAUAUGAAAAAAUAUGCCUAUAAUAGCCCGCAUUUGACUAGCUAUCCGUUUUCAGUAUGAUUUAAUAUCUAAACGCGAUGGCUCUUCCAAGUUACCACGUUUGUAAUUGACCAUAAUCCUAUGAUUUAAGUUACGUACAAUAUUAUUUUCUUCCACCAGAGACCUAUUAAUUCUUCAACCUUUGCAUUCAAUCAAGAGUAGGCUACGUAGACAUCUUCAGUCCUCAUUUGACUAUUUUCGACAAUCAGUACAAAUUGCCGUACAUGUAGGCCUACCCUCAUAUUUUAAAAAGGGAAACUUGAAUUAAAAAGACUCGAAUUCAGACAUUGCAAGUGCUGAAUAUGGAUAAUAUGCAUAAUUGGCAGUUACCCAGUUAUGGAUUCAGUUAGCCAGGUCGACCGUUUCUUUCACUACCCAGCGACCCCCGGUGGACAGUCAGGCAUAAUGUUCUGGGUAUAAACCAUACAGUUCAAUGGUAAACGGUAUAAACUCUGGGCUGUGGUGUAACAAGAAGCAGCUGCUUGGCAUCACGUUUUUGAAGAGAGCAUGUACCUACUGUCUGUGCUCUUCCUAAUAGCAGAGUUGGAGUUGAAUUGUGAUUGGGCGUCCCAAAUUGGCAGAAAAUUAUAAGAUACAAAAAAUAUUUUUAUGAAGUAAACCAUUCAUAUUCUGUGGAUGGGUUGUAUAUUGAAACUCCAUUCACUCAAAACCUAAACCCAAUUAAAUAUGUUUGACAAUAUGAAGUUCAAUGUGGAUGUGAUACAAUGUGUGUAUGUCAUCCAUGGGGAUUUUAUGUUUUCAGAGCAGUGUGAACAUAAUUAAAUGUAGUCUUGUGAACACAUGUUGCCCUGACACACAAUUUUACCAUUCUGAUUAGGCAAUGAUGAAGAUCCAAAUAAGACUGUAAUAUUCCUGGCCAAGGACUGUUGUCUACCUUAUGCAUUGCAGCCUUAGACAUUAUGAAUGAUGAAUCUUGGACCAAAGGGAUGCAAAAUGCACUGAUAUUUUGUGUUUGUUCCCCGUCUUUACAAUAAACAGUGAAGUACAAUCACAUUUGCUAACAUGGACAGAAUACCUUAACAGCAAAGUAUGCCGGAACUGAUCACCUGUAUUAAUAUUGCUUACAAUACUAAUAUUUUAGAGUAAAUAUAAGUGUUUGUCAUAUACAUUAUACUUAUUUGUUCCUGUUAUUUGUCAUAUAAGUUAUUGGAGUUUAUUAUGUGGUUACGAAAACUGAAAAACAAUUAACAUCGUAAACUUGUUUAGGUGUUUCCAUGUUUCAAAACUGGAUACAAACAUAUUCUUGUAAAUAUGUGUUUUAAACAUAUUGUUUAAGCUACAUGAUUCAAAAGCCAUCCAUUGCAGGGCUUUCUAUUGCAUUGCCAUAUAUGGUGCUGAAGUGAAAUGUCUAUUGCAUUGCUGUGCUGCCACCCACCCUACCCUCUUCUGGUUCUGACCACUGGCAGUAAUCUUCUGUUGAAAGCCUGCCAUUGUAAUGAGGUCUGUUAAACUGGCAGCAUGCAAAAUAGGGUCAUCACUAGGUUGCUUCCCUGCUAUCAAGAGUUUUCUGUAACUGUAGCAGCGGCUUAUCAGUUCUUUAAUACUGUGACCUUUUCGGCUUUAUGUAUUUAUGAAUUUUACUACUCUUGCACAGAUGGUAUGGUCAUUAAGUUUGAUUCCGUUGGCACAUAUUCUCAUGCACUUUCUCAUAUAUCCCAUAUGUUAGUUAUUGAUAAUAGCUUAUAAACUUCAUGUACACAGUACUUAGAUGCUGUGUUACCUUCACCCGGACAGCAGGCAUUUGCGUUAUUCAUCAUUCAUACAUAUUGCAAAUAGAAAGAAUUGUUGCAGAUAAUAAUGUCAACCUAAAUGGAGUAAAUGUGUAGAACAGGGGUGAGGUGGUGGUGGUGGAAGGUGAAGAAGUCAAUUGUUCUCAUUUUUCAAUGUGUGUUACAUGAGAUUGAGUGUGAGAGCAGGAAAUGUAGUAUUCUCCCACAAAAGAAACCACUGGCAACAUGAACCACCACUCGUGCCACAAGCCUCAUUUUAAAAAGGCUUUCUGUAUCC